AUGAGACCCUCCCUCCUCGUUGCUGCGACACUGUGCGCCGUCGAAGUAACUGCUUCGCCUCGUAAAUACGACGACUCAGACCUUCUAGUUGUGACGACCAGCGGUACCGUCAAAGGUGUCGUCUCUGAAGAGACAGACAAUGUCCGGAUUUUCCGUGGCAUUCCAUAUGCUGAAGUUCCAACCGGAGAGCUUCGCUUUCGUCCUCCAGUGAAGAAGGCGCGAGCAACUAAGACCAUAGAUGUUUCCGAAUGGGGACCCGCUUGCCCACAGACCACAAACGCCGUGGAUAACAUUUACAGUAUAUAUUUCAAAGGGUUCGGGAAACCUGACGAUGUGCCCACUGGUGAAGACUGUCUCCAUCUGAAUAUUUGGGCGCCGCGUGGCAAGCCCAGCACCGAAGAAUUGAAGCCGGUUCUCAUUUUCAUCCAUGGUGGUGGCCAUAACGCGGGUGGAAAUUCCUUUCCAUACUAUGACGGAGGCCGCCUUGUUCAGGAUAACCAGGAUGUGAUCUCCGUCUCGCUUAACUACCGCUUGAACGUUUUCGGUUUCCCUUCCGCAGCAGGUCUGAAUGGACAACAGCUCAAUCCGGGCUAUAUGGACCAGCGGCUUGCGAUCGAAUGGACGCGGGAUAAUAUCAAAGCCUUCGGUGGAGAUCCAGGGCGAAUGCUUCUUUUUGGGGAGUCUGCGGGCGGCGGAUCGGUUGACUCGUAUACCUACGCUUACGCGGAAGAUCCCAUCGUAUCUGCAGUGGUGCCCAUAUCUGGCGUUGUCGGCAGUUUUGGUGCUAAGGAGGUUGCACCAAGCAACUUCACGUUCAUUGCUCAACAGCUUGGCUGUCCGCUCGACAGAGAUGAGGAACUCGCUUGUAUGCAAAGUAAGCCAUGGGAAGAUAUCGAAAAUGUCGUCAACCAGUAUAAUGAGACGCAAAACGGUGGGAGGCCUCUGAGCUUUGGGCCAACUGCUGAUGGACAGAACGUCUUCGCCGACUUUGCUGCACGUCUGGCUGCUGGCCGCGUUGCCAAAAUUCCAGUGCUCAUUGGCAACUCGGAUCGCGAGGGUGCUUCACUUGCUGCGAACAACCUUGGUCCAGCCGUUAGUGAGACCAACAAGCCCACCGAGCAGGCAAUCGAUGCCAUGACGAAUGGGAUCUUCAACUGUCCUGCUGCCAACGCAACUGUUGUUCGCGCAGACGCUGGCCUGCCGGUAUGGCGCUAUCGAUAUUUUGGAGUGUUCCCGAACCUGGACCCGUUCACCUGGCUGGGAACCUGGCACUCUGCCAUUUUGCCGACUCUGUUCAACACAGCGAACAAAUAUGGCGUUGCGAAUACUCCAGCGCAGGAUGAAGCGGUAUCGUUUCUUCAGUCCAUCCUUGUGAACUUUGCGCGAAACCCAGCCUAUGGUCUCACUAAGCUGGGGUUCCCACAGUACAACCCAGAAGGUGACACUCUGGUGCAGCUGGUGAAGGGCUCUUCUUUGUUGUCUUUCAAUGCGAGUGCCGGAUAUGAUGGAGCGUGCUAG